GCUGCCUCUCUGCUGCACACACAUGUGCACAGCAAGUAACUCCAGGGUUGGUGGACUACUGUUGCAUUGACCAGGCUGUAUGCAGAAAUGACUUGUGCAAAUUGUUUGAAGACCUUCUUGCUGAUUUGUUUGUUUCAAGCAGAGCAUGUUCGCUGUUUAUGGGCCACACAAGCUCAGGGCUCCCAGAGACAAAGCGGCAGCGCAUAUGAUGGGUUCUCGCGACAGGACAGUGGUCGAAGAAGAGAUGGUGGCAGCGAUCCCCGGAAUAAAUUCAGACAGGCCUCCGUUUCUCCACGCUCGGCCCAGAGCAGUGCCUUCAAUCCAGAGCCUGCUGUUCGCAAUGGUUAUGAUCAGGGGUUUUCCAGCAGUGGCCACACACAAACUGUUUCACAGCAAGCUCACAUUGGCUACGCUUCGGUCCGGUUAGUGGGGAGCAGCUCUGUAUCAAAUCCCAAUUGGAAAAUGAUAGAACCCAAGCGGGUAAAUGCUCAAAGUGUCCCGAAAACGCAGUUCUUGGGCCGUUCUUAUUCUGUCGCUAGUGGAAGUGCUUUGAGAAAGCACAGUCAAAACCAGUAUCCCCUCAGUGAUAGAACUCAGCAGGGUACACAACCUACUAACCAACAUCUGUCCAGAAAUUCUGCAUCUGCGCAGAGUCCAACCUUCUCUGCACAAGCGGGCUACCCUCCAUCUUCACAGUCUUCGAGACUGUUUAGUGCAGGAGCUCCUGUGCCAGAACACGGCCCUGUACGGACGCACACCUCAGCCACCGUCCGUGGUCGACGAGUGUCUUCACAGUCUAAAGCUGCAGCUUCUCAACCCUCUAGUUUUUCAAUCCCUCAAAAUGAGAGAAUCAGAAAUGACCCCAGCCAGCCCGAUCAGUUCAAGAGCAAGCUGUUUACUGUGACCGGAGGAUCUGCCCAAGGAGAGUAUCCCCCGUCUGCAUUUGCGCCACGCAGUCUAGAAGGGAGCCAGGGCUUGAACUAUGACCCCAGCCACACCUGGCCUGCAUCGUCGCUGUGGAACACCAGAAACCAGGGAAAAGGAGGCCUCCAUGCCACAGGGCGCUCAUCUCAGCUCUUCGCCCCGACCAUAACCCACAGCAUCCCAACUCGCUUCGGCGGCUCGCCCAUCAGGAGGCUGACGGGGCCAACUGACCAGAAGCAAGAUGUCCAGACACCACAGCUGAAAUACACGGCUCCCUCACAGCAGACUGCGGCCUACAAUCCACAGGGUCAGAGUGUUCAACCAGAGAGAAAAUGGAAGAGGGUCAGCAGGCUGCUUCAGUGACAUGAACAGCAGGAUGCAAAGUCCCUGGUUCAGUGUUUUUUGAAUAAAUUCUAAAUAUAGA